UGCUCAAUGCACUUCCCUCUCAGUACAUAAGGAGACCUACUAACACCUAUAACAAGCAUUCAUAACUGGCAACUUUUAGUUUAUUCUAGGUCUAAGACUUUCUUCAAAAUGAUCCUCUUCCUACUUUUCUCAGUUCUGGUUCUAGGUGAAAUGGAACUGCCAACCAAUAUAUCAACACAUGUUAUAACAGAAGAAGAUGAGAGCUUUCAGGUUGAGCAGGGGCACCCUGGAUUUUCCCAGUGCAACGAGACGCUCUUGGAGAAAGAGGCUGAUAAAUAUUGUUCUUUGCCAUUUGACGAGAUUAUGAUGACCAUGGACAAAGAAACGUGGUGUGACUGGGGACAGGUAAUCAGACCAUACAACAUCCUGAGUGUAUGUUUGGAGACGGUGGCUUUUUUUGUUGGCUGCCGUUACCCAAACAAUGGAAUCCAAGAAUUGUUCUUCAAGACCCACUCCCAGUACUUCCAUAAUUGUUAUACUGAGGAAGAGCUUACCCUGGAGGCACCAAAAGGAGUUGUACUUGUUCUGACCUUCGCUCCCAUCAGUCUCAUGAUAGUCUUGGUUUUCCUUGUGGCGUGCAAGAAAAAAAAGGACUGAGCUAGAAUGUGAUUCAGGUGGUAAUGUUGAUUGGGUGUCGUUGUAUUUUCAUGAUACAAUGAUCUUGUGUAUGGUAGGAGGUACAAUUGCAAUCAUCAAUCAGUAUGCAUGUUGACAUUUCUGAAAAAAUAAGCCUCCUGCUUAUUUUGCGUUUCUAUUCAUACUGUGUAUUUGUAGGGUCAACAUCCUAAGGUUUUGUAAUAAAUUGCUUGAAUCUUCAUCAGUCAUAUGUUUUGCAUUGAAGAAGAAGAGUAUUGUCUUCUGUGUAGUCAAAUUGCUGUCCAUCCACACUUGAAACCCUUGACACCAUGGUUUCAGGUGUCCAGGCAUCGCUAGACCCUUUUUACGUGCCCCACGAGUGAGUUCCAAAUAUUUCCAACAGUCACCACAGCGUAGAUUAUUUUUUCCGAAAUGGUAGCCUAACUAGCUAGCUUAGAUAGCUGCCGGGCAAAGUUACCUAGCAUCAAACUCAUACCAAUGCUACUAAUAUGCUAGUGUCAAUUGUUAGCCUUCUAAUUAAUACAUUUUAAAACCAUACUAAAGCAUUUGUCACACAUCUCAAACAAGUACAUAAAAUAUUAUAAAAUAUUAUUAAUUUGGCUAUUUAAAGCUGCUCAGACAAUUCAAGAAACCUUUCUGCUUCAGCAUUCAGUAAUACAAUAUAACUGGCGCCCUCUCUAGGUGGGUUUUCUGCUUGCCCUGGUCAACAACAGACCAAAAAGAAUCUAAAUAAAAGGGGCCUUCAACGCACAAUUAACUUUAACAGUAUGACACUUUAAAAUGUUUUUUUUUUACGUUUAUGUAUCUAACCUUUAGGCAGAUGGCACUCCACUGAGAGAAGUGGAGUGCAGGGAUCACAAAAAGCUGCAGUGGGGGUAUUUCAUUUUUAUCAAUUGCUAAGAUACUUGAAACUGAGAUCCACUGUCCAUCAUAACCAAAAAAGCAAUUGUAUUUUUGUUUUUUAUCAGUGGUCAUUAUUUUUCAUGCGCACUGCAAAUAUAACACAUUCAACAAAAAACAUUUGCUCUCGACUUAUACAAAGUACUCCCAUAACUGUGAACUUCUUCAUGAAUGUGAGCACAACAUAUUUGCAAAAAUGUUCAAUCAGUCCUGAUUCCAGAUGAACAGGUAAACCUUGGAUGUGCCAUGCAAGGACAUUUCCUUACUGCAUUCAGAGGGAAAAUAUUCAAUGGGAUAUAAAAAUGUGUAUUAAAAUGUGUGGCCUGAUUGUCAAGAAUGGAGUAAACGUACUGUGGUGUACUUUUUACAACA